AUGGCUGUCGGACCGGGCUCAACUAUUGCAGGAAUUCCAGAAGAUAUCAGAAAUCACAUAACAAUUACCGGCGAAUCAGCUUCUGUAACCUUCGACACCCUCUCCCGCAAAAAAUUCCCUCCAGAAAUUUACGACAAUGAAGAGCUCACGCCAAAAACCGAAGAAGUCCGCAUGCCUUACAAUGUCAUCAAAAAAGUCCCGAACGGCAUUGGAAAAGUCUCAAAGUUAAGAAAUCUCGAGCUUCAAGGAAAUGACAUUAAAAAGAUUCCCAAGUCUGUCGGGAAGCUCAAACAUCUCAGCAAAUUCGACAUGUCAAAAAACAAAAUCAAAUCUGUCCCGCGCUCAAUAUCAAAAGCAAACAACUUGGAAACAGUAAAUUUGAACAACAACGAUCUUCGAAAGCUUCCACCAAAAGUUGGUCAAAUUGGUCGACAAUUGAAGAUUCUAAAUGUUUCUGGGAACAGUCUGAAGAAACUACCAAAGUCAGUUUAUGUUCUGAGAGGAGCAGUAAACGCCGCGGACAAUAAAAUUUCAUCGCUUCCAGCAGUGACAUCAACAAAGAAAACAAAGCCAACAGUAGAAGCACUGUAUUUGGCGAACAAUGACAUCGAAGAAAUCCCCGAAAGCUAUUCCAAGCUCAUGUAUCUUCUUGAACUGGAUUUGGCGAACAACAAGGUCGCAUCACUCCCAUCAACGAUCGGCAACAUCAAUUAUCUGACGAGUCUCGAUUUGAGAAACAACGAAGUCUUCGAGUUACCGGAAGAUUUUGGUCGGCUCAAGUUUUCAUUGCAGUACUUGAAUCUUUCCGGAAACAAAUUGGAGAACCUGCCUGACUCGGUCGGGACAUUGGGGCAUUUAGAAGAACUGAACUUGUCAAAAAAUCAAAUUCCGUCGAUUCCAGAGUCGAUUUCCGGCUGUAGACGACUCGUGAAAUUUGACAUUUCUCAAAAUCUUCUCGACUCGUGCAAUUCGCUCUCUGGCCUCGCCGCUCUAGAAAUCGCAAAUCUUUCGUCAAACAGCAUCAGCGAAAUAGCGGAGCUGGAGCUAGAAUCAAUUCAAGAAAUCGACUUAUCAAAAAACGAGCUGACUUCAAUCCCAUCAAACUUCGGCACUCUCGGUCGAUUAAAAAAGCUGAUUCUUUCGCACAAUCAACUUGUUGAAUUCCCCGAUUUUCUCGGGAAGGAGAAUCUGUUGGAGAGUUUGGACUUGAGUUCGAACAAAAUUGAAGGAGUGGUCAAGUUUGACUUCCAAAAUAUCAGAAUGCUCGAUGAACUGAUUUUGGCAGACAAUGAAAUAACAGCUUUGAAUGCGACAAUAAACAAGCUUGAGUACAUCAGACAUCUCGACAUCUCGGGGAACAAAAUGACGCUUUUCUUCCCGAUUUCGCCGACACUGAAAUCUUUUAACGGCUCUAACAACCCUUGGAAAGUCGAUGCUCCUCAAUACCCAAGUCAUUACACUUCCUUCAUUCUCCCUAUCAUUGGUGCCUGUGAGCAGCUUGAAACUCUCAAAUUAUCCAGUUGCGGUCUUGAGACGCUGGACGAGUUCAUUGUCAAGUUAUUGUUCCUCCAACACAUCGACUUUUCAAACAAUAAUCUGUCAGAAAUAUCAACCGAAUUGAUCAACCGAUGGAGAUAUUUACGAACAGCAAAUCUGUCAAGGAACCAACUUUCAUCGCUGCCAAAAGGAAUCAGAAAUAUGCAGCAUCUUGGAAAACUCGAUCUCAGCUUCAAUAAAUUCACUGAGUUCAAUGAAAACUUCAAGAUUCUCAGAGCUCUAACAGAACUCAGACUCAAUAACAAUCAGAUUUCGACUUGCCCAAAGAAUUUCGGCGAGCUCAAAUCUCUUCGACUUGUCGAUUUGUCACACAACGAGAUUGAAGAGCUUCCUUCAGAACAGCUCGAUACUAUCAGCUCUCUGCAUAUUCUAAAAGCGACAAAUAACAAAAUCACUGUCUUCCCCGAAAAUCUCCAACAUCUGCGGCUUCAAGAAAUCGACCUUUCUGAAAACGAAAUUAAGGAGCUCCCCACCGCUAUUCGCAAUAUGAAAACUGUAAGAAAAAUGAACCUGCAAAACAAUGCACUCGAGCUGAUUCCUGAUCAAAUUGAAAAAAUGGCGAGUUUGCGGCAUUUGAAUAUCGAAGGAAAUUUCUUGAGAUUCUAUCCAAAGUGCUUUGCGAGUGGAAUGUCAAAAUGCGAGAUCCUGAAAGAUAACCAAAGAUCGAAACGAAAACCUUUAGCUGAUCUUCCUGAAGACAAUAAAUAA